GCCCGAGCUCCGCUCGCCGGCCUGAACGGAGACGCCCGAACGGGCAGCGCCCGAAUCCGCCCGAAAGCGACCGAACCGGGCCGAACGCUCCGAUCGCGCCCGAAGGCGGGUGGGCGGGGCGAGCGGCCGCGCGCGGGCCGCCGGGACGGCGGAGCAGCGGCGGGCGGGGCGGGGGCGUCAAGAUGGCGGCGCCGAGCCGAGGUGAGCGGUGUCGCGGCAGCAGCGCGACAGCGACACGACAGCCCUUUCCGGGGCACCGGGGGGGCUGUCUCCCACCGUGCUAGAGGUGACCUCUCGCGGGGGAACACAACUAGAGCGAGGCGGGGCCGAGGUCGAACCCGGCCCCGUUGGUAUAUCGCGACAGUCCCGACACGCGGAGAUCCCGGAGCAGCGGCUUGGCGCAUGUGCGGCCUGAGGAGCGCCUUGAGCCCGGGAAAGAAGCUUUCCUGAGGCCGAGAGACGCCUCGUGAAAAUCCGGAUCUUGGCUUCAGUUUAGGAACUGCUGGGAUGCAGAGGGGAAACGUUUCAUCCUCAGUGUGGUCAAAAUCAUUAAUUUCCAACUCUUUCACCGAGGUCAGAGUUUACCCCUAAAAAUGUAAAUUUUUGGCUGGAGUAGAUGAAGGUGGCUGAGAAAAUUUGUGCUGAAUUCGUAAAAAAAAAAUAAAUCCUAAUCCCAAGACUGUGCAAUGAGGUGCUCUGGGCGAUGUUAACCACAUCUGCUGCCUUUAAUAAAGUUUUAUGUUAAAAAUUAAACCAUUUUGUUAGAAAAUGGGCCGUGCUCCACCUCAGAUCCCCAUUCUCAGCGUCACUCACUCUAAAAUCAGCACCAGCCUGGAUAGAUAACCAAGAUUUUGUUGGGAAGAACGUCAGAGAUUGUAUCCUUUCUGUACCACUGCUCCCUCCAUGCAAGACUCCUGGAGAAGACUGCCUCAAGUGGAUUCCUAUCUUCUGUCCAGUAACUGCACCGUGCUGGGUCUGUGCUCCUGAAUUUUCUGUCAGUGUCAUCCGCAGGAAGCAAAACUGGGACCACGUUGCUUCCAGUGGAGGAUAUUUGGUGCAGGUUUAGCUGGGAUUUGCUCCUCAUGGGCUCCUGCUCCUGCAGAACCCCCUUUAGCCCCCCUGCAGUCGUGACUUCAGCCAUUUUCUUAGGAAAGGAGGUUAAAAAUUGCAUUUAUGGACCGGUGGACAUGCCCCCUGCAUCCCAGCUCGCUGACACAGCUGACAAGGGGUAGUAAAAGCAGCCCUCAGUAGUAACUUCCUCCUCUCUUACGGUAAGUUACCCCACCUUUACUCCUGCCAAGAUCCAAGUAACCUCCAAGGAGGAGACACCCUUGGCUCUGGAGAUUUCCAUGCUUAGAACCUAUCUAGUAAUUUUUUUUGCUCCACCUUCCUUCAACUGGAAAAACCCCAAAACCUGGUUCUGUGUUAAUGAAAUGAGCCGCUCUGGGAACUGGAAUCUGUCCACGGCGCGUGGGUGGGUUUAGAAGCGGGAUGGGCAGUUCCUGUAAAAGAUGCCUGGGAUGAAAUCCCUGCUUGGAGAUAUUUGUAGGAUUUGAAAAAGGCUGGGGGAGAGAGGGGAGUGAAUUAAGGCCGUUUCUUAGGAAUUUGCAUCUCAAAGCUGAGCUCAGACAGGUAUGGAGCGAAGCCUUUCCAUGCUGUGGGCAGGAGCAAGGCCUGGCUGCUGCACAGAGCCACCUCUUCUCCAAACACAAGUUUGAUGGAGUUUGCCAACUCUCUGUCGACUUCCCAAAGGCUGACUAAGAAGUGUAAAAGUAGUCUGGGGCAAUGUACACAUGCAUCCCCCCUGCUUCCUCAGGCUAACGGAUGCCCCACUACAGUCCAAAUAAAAUUCCUUAAAAAGGGAACUAAAGCCAAGCCUGAAACAGCAGGCUUUUAUCCCAGGCCAUGGUGUUCACAGCCUCAAGUUCCUUCCUGAACCCUCCCCACAGCCAGGCAUAGCUGGAGCAUUCAGCAUAAAGAGAGAAUGCAGUGUAUUUUGGGGUUACUGGGAAAUGGUGAUUUUAUGGAAUGGAUCCCACUUCAUUGCUAUGAGAAAUCCUUAACAACAGUUCUCAGCUGUCAUCGCUUCCCUUACACAUCUUGCUUUAUGUAAAUGGGGUUUAUUACAUCUUCUACUUCUUGGCAACUCUUGCAAUGAUUAUUUACAAAAGUCAAGUUUUCAGUUAUCCAGAUGAUUUUUUGGCUCCUGAUCUUGCCGUGCUUUUCCUUAUGGCCAUUUUGGAAGUGCCUCGAUUGUACUUGGGUUUCAAGGGUAACCUGACAGAAGCAGAGGCGCCGCUGGGGCUGAGCCUGGGGCUCACGGUGGGCAGCGUGCUGCUGUGUGUGUACCUGCUGCUGUGGCAGACCUACGUGCUGUGGGCAGAUGUCCUCCUCAACGCCGUGCUGCUCUCGGCCUACGGGCUCGAGUCGGGGCUCAAGGUCACGGCCAUCGCUGCCUUUGUCAGCUGAGCCCGGCCCCUUCCCACACCCCUGCCACACAUUCCUUUUCUGAAAGAGUGGGGCUUCGUUUCCGCUGUUGAAUUCCUUUGUGUAUAAAAACCCUGUAAAGCUUCUCUCUGUUUAAAUGAGAAGUUUUGGGGACAUCGAUGUCCCGCCCAGGAGCUGCGUGAUGCAGUCCACCAUUGGCUUAUUUAUGGGCAAAGGCAAGGGAUGAAUCGCAAAACACUUAACACUGUGGCAUUCACCAGGGGUCAGUACUAAAUAUCCAUUCCCAGCAUAGGAUAGGAGGCAGUGCUGCUGGCAUGGUGGCAGUUUUCAUGGCACAGGAGCAACACGCAGCCCAAGUGACACAGAAAUGAAUCAGGCCAGGGCUCACUUGUGCCUUGCCACGCACACGUCCGUGUUUGAGGGCACGGCUGCUCUGCUGCUCUCAUUUGUGUUUCCAGACCUCAGUGGUAAUUUCCCUGACUUUAGUAGGGCAGAACCUGAUGUAUCCCAGCGGGGGAGAGUGGAACUGGGUUUUGUGCAUACCUGGAGAGCCAAGCCACAAGGUUUGGUAGCCAGUUCUAACUACGUGAGGGGAUGUUUGGUUAGACAGGAUGGCUUUAAAAUGAACAAAACCAUUCACCAUUCAUUCUCCCUUCUGUCCUGUGUAAAAGUCCACCAGAACGUUGGCAGUUUUAUUUCUAUUCAGUGUUAAAUGUGCUUAUUUCUACUAUUUUGCAAAAAUUACUAUAUUCAAGUCUGUCCUCUAACUGGUGCAAGUACAGAGUUUUUUACUGUCUCAAAAAUAUGUGUUAAUGGAAAGCUUUGGGAGUUCCUGGGUUUUUGAAGAAGCCUAUUUUCUAUUCAGAAUUUCCUAUUUUUGUAUUUAUUUAUUCAUUCAAAUAAAUAAUGUUUUAGAUCUAA